AUGUCAGAAAAACUAAUGGAGUUCAAGGAGCAAAACAGCAGGUGCAACAAUGUGCAAGCGGCCGAUAUCGUGUUCCUGGUUGACGGCUCCUCCAGCAUCGGCCGCGCAAACUUCGUGCAGGUGAAGGGCUUCAUGGCAGGAAUCGUCAAACCAUUCGCCAGCUCUUUCACCUUUUCUACCUACCUGAAUGGCACCGAGCUAGUCACUGCCAUCGAAGAUCUGAACUACAAAGGUGGAAACACACGCACGGGCGCUGGGCUGAAGUUUCUCUCCGACAACUUCUUCAACCCUUCGUCUAGUCGGGAUGUGCCAAAGAUCACUAUCCUGAUCACCGAUGGAAAGUCACAAGACAAUGUUCAGGACCCGGCACAGAAGCUGCGCAGUCAAGGAGUGCAUGUUUUUGCAGUUGGCAUAAAGAGUGCAGACAGGAGUGAAUUGGCUCAGAUCUCCUCGCAGCCCAGUAGUGAUUUCACCUCCUAUGUCGGGGACUUCAAACUUCUGAACACACUUCUUCCUCUUGUGGGACCACGGGUCUGUUCCCAAGCUGGAGGAAUCUAUGCCAGUGAUGAAGCAUUUUCUGGUCCGUCCAACCUUCAGUUCACAGGCCAGACAUCUGAUUCCCUCAGAUUUCGCUGGAGUCCAGCCGGAGGUCCUGUCAGUGGCUAUGUAGUUCAGUAUGUACCACUUUCUGGUCUGGGUCAGCCAAUAUCAGCAGAACUGAAGCAGGAGACGGUCUCUGGUAAUCAGAGGACCUUCACUGCCCGAGAGUUGCGGUCAGGGACAGACUACCUGGUGACGGUCAUCGCCCAGUACCCCAACAGUGAAGGAGAGUCUGUCUCCGCCAAACAGAGAACCAGGUUCUUGCCUGGUGUCUCCAGUCUACGUCUGAUCCAGGCUGGCUUCUUCUCUCUGACUGUGGGCUGGGAUCAGCCUUCGUCUGCGGUCCAGGGCUACAGACUCACCUAUGGACUCCGAGGCCAACCAGCAGACCAGCUGUUGUUCCUGUCUGUUCCCUCCGACUCCACCUCAGCCACACUGCAGUCCCUUCAGCCCGACACGGAGUACGUCAUCAAUCUCUACCCUCUGUUCCCCCGCAACUCUGCCACUCCGUCCACACUGAACGCCCGCACACUGCGCCUGGAGGCGGUGCAGCAGUUAUCGGUGGAGACACAAUCAGAGGGCAGCGUGGUUUUGCGGUGGGCUGCCGUCAACGGGGCUCGGGCCUAUCGUGUGGUCUGGGGUCCAUUUACAGGUCAGAGUUUUGAGACGGUGGAAGUCGCCGGUGACAUAGUGUUUCACACUUUGUCCAGACUGCAGCCUGACAUCGAGUACAUAGUCACCAUCAUCCCCCUGUACGAGGGCAACACUGAAGGCCCUGCAGCCACGGCCAGGUUCAAGAUAGAGCGUCAGGAGCAGCAGGUCCUCAGAGCAGCCACCACCGGCUCCUCCUCAAUCCGCCUCACCUGGAGAAUCAUCCCGUCCUCUCAGGGGUAUCGCCUGGAGUGGAAGGAGGGGGAAGGUGGCCGUGUGCAGAGCUUGUCCUUUCCCAGAGGUACCAGCAGCUACGAGUUAACAGGCCUCCGUCCUAGAACGGAAUACAUCUUCACCAUGUAUACCCUGUAUGAAGGUCGUGAGGAGGCCACGCCUGUCUCUACCAGCUCCAGAGAGGAACAGCCCGUGGGCAGAGUGUCCAACCUGAGGGUUGUGGAGUCUCUGGGCAGAACUGUCAGAAUUGGCUGGACAGGUGUAGCCGGGGCCACACAGUACCGCAUCAUCAUCCUGGACACAGAUGCGGGAACUGAAGAAAUAAGAACUGUCAGUGGAAACCAAACGACCCUUGACCUCAGAGACCUGACGGUGGGGGUGUCCUACGGUGUGAGUGUCACUGCACUGGUGGGAGAAAAUGAAGGAGAUCAAGUCACUGUCUACAUAAAACCAGAACAAAGUGUUGGCAAGGUGUCCAACCUCAGGGUCAUACAUGCAAACAGUCGGAAAAUCCGAAUCUCCUGGACCGGUCUGACUGAGGCCACAGGUUACAAGGUCACGUGGAGACAAGGAAACACAGGGAUAGAGCAGUCUCGUCUUCUGGGCCCCGAGACCAGGACCUUUACCAUUGACGGUCUUCAACCAGAUGGGGACCUGAUCAUUGGUGUAGCAGUUGUCGUUGGAGAGAAUGUCGGGGAGGUAGUGCCUCUGUCUGCUCGGACUAACCCUCAUGGAGGAUCGGUGUCUGGAUUUCGAAUUGUAGACGUCACAUCUCAGAGGAUACGUCUCGCAUGGUCCACUUCCUCCAGGGCAACGGGCUAUAAGAUCACCUGGAGCAGCUCAAACGGAGAAGAAACGAGCCGUAUUGUACCAGCUGAUGUUUCCUCCUUCACCAUCGAUGGUCUGCUGUCAGACUCAGCCUACAGCGUGCAGGUUUCAGCCCUGAGUGGUUCUAGAGAAGGAAGCCCCGUCUCCCUGAACAUCCGAACAGAAUCUGAUCAGUCUGUAGUUGGGACAGUGACGUCCCUGCAGGUGCAGGAGGCUCAGGGAGAAGAUGUUCGAAUCACCUGGGUGGGCGUGCAAGGAGCGACGGCUUAUCGUGUUACCUGGAGGAGGACAGAUGGAGGCGAAGAAAGGAGUCGGCUGGUGGCGGGAGACGUGACUUCCGUGGAUUUGGACCGCCUGGAACCCGGAGCACAGUAUGAAGUUCAGGUCAUGGCUUUGGUUCAGAACAGAGAGGGAUCUCCUGUAUCUGUCAGAAUCACCACACCUGGUACAGAUACUUCUCCACUACCUACAACAACGUUGCGAGUAACAGAGGUUACCCAGGAUUCAGUGCGGUUAGACUGGUUCCCACUUCAAGGUGCCACAAGAUAUAUUGUACGCUGGAAAGAGGAAACGGACAGAGGUGAAGGCUUGUCUGUGUCACUGCCUGCGUCGUCCAGCUCCUACCUGGUGAGCGGGCUGCGUUUAGGACGACGAUACCGCUUCAGCGUCCAGCCUGCUUUUGAACGGGGACUGGGAACAGAGAGUGCUGUGGAUGAACACACUGUGUGUGUGAACGGGCGUCUGGAUGUGGUGUUUCUGGUGCCCGCGUCCACUGAUCGGUCCAACCUCGCAAGACCUCUGCGUGAACUCCUGACCAGUGCAGUCAGGUCAUUAAACACCUUUGGACCCCGUGACUCACAGGUGGGAGUUGUAGUUUAUGGUUACAGACCAAAAACAUGGUUCCUGCUUAACCGCCACAGCAGAUUAGACACCCUGCUCCAAGAGAUCCAGGCCACGCCCUUUGAUGAAAGCCGAGGAAAUAACAUGGGUGAGGCCAUGGCCUUCGCCGGACAGUAUCUUCUGACCACGUCAGCUGGACGUAGAACCAAUGUCCCUGGUGUUGUUGUUGUUAUUGCUGACAAACAGUCAGCUGACAACCUUACACCAGCAGCCGACGAUCUCCGAGCUACAGGUGUCACGGUUUUAGCCGUGGGUAUCGAGCAGGCAGACACCGAGGAGCUACGUCGAGCUGUGACAGACGGCAGCACCCAGAACAUUCUGUUUACACGAGAUGCAGCACAGCUGUACUCAUUACACAGUGAUCUGGCAGAUUUGCUGUGCGGAAUCGCCCGAAUACCAGCGGGGGGUCCAAGGCCACAGCAGUGCACUGUUCAGUGUCCACAGGGAGAGAAAGGAAAUCGUGGAGAUAAGGGUGAGCGAGGCAGAGAUGGAGUAGAUGGACGCAAGGGAGAGUCUGGUCGUGAUGGUUUACCUGGGAGAGAAGGUCCACGAGGCCCUGAGGGACGACCUGGACCACCAGGACAGAGUCACCCGUUUGAACCCUCAAUCGGGGUUAAGGGAGAGAAGGGGGAGAGAGGAUUUCCCGGUAUUGAUGGAAAUCCUGGGUUGCCGGGACGACCUGGUGCCCCAGGAAGUGCAGGAGUCCCAGGUUCACAGGGCCUUCCUGGGAGCAGAGGAACCUCAGGUGAACCAGGUUCAACAGGGCCUCAAGGACCGAAGGGUGACAGAGGUGAAAGGGGUGAACCAGGCUCUUCCAUAUCUGGAGGAGGUCUUCCAGGGAGGAAGGGAGAACCAGGCAUCCCAGGAAUACCGGCUACUCCAGGUCGGCCAGGCAGUGAUGGGGUCAAAGGAGAGCGUGGGUUACCGGGCUUACCAGGUCAGGAUGGUCGUUCUGGAAUCCCAGGAUCCCCAGGUCUCGGUGUUAAGGGAGACAAGGGCAGCCCAGGGGAAAGGGGACCUCCAGGAGUAGGCAGCGGGGUGGCCGUGAAGGGCGAGAAGGGUUCCCCAGGUUCUCCAGGACCUCCAGGGACUCAGGGUGCUAGAGGGCUAACAGGACCACAGGGCAGCAAAGGAGAGAGGGGUGACGGUGGUGACGGACUUCCUGGACCUCCAGGCAAGCAAGGAGAGCCUGGUGACAGGGGUCCUCGUGGUCCUCCAGGAGAAAUAGGCAGCAAGGGCGACCGAGGACAGCCGGGAGAACCAGGAUCACAAGGAGACAGGGGAGAAAGAGGUCCAACUGGAGAAACUGGAGAAAGAGGGGAUCCAGGGAAGCCAGGCCUCAUAGGCCCAGCAGGGUUAAGAGGUUUACCUGGACCCACUGGGCCAACAGGAGAAAAGGGAAGUGACGGAGCGAGAGGAGAGCCCGGCAAAAGCACUCCAGGUUUUCCAGGAAAGAAAGGUGAACCGGGCGACCGAGGUUUACCUGGUCCUGAUGGCCAGAGGGGAGAGAAAGGAGACGCUGGACUAAGGGGGGAGAAAGGGUCUCCAGGGUCAAGUGCCAUAGGCACUAAAGGGGAACAUGGAGAGAAAGGACUUCCUGGGGUCAAUGGAAGACCAGGUGCCAAGGGAGAUUCUGGAGAACCGGGGGAGAGAGGAGAGAAUGGGCGUCCUGGACUUCCAGGAAAGCCUGGUCUUCCAGGAAAGGAGGGAGAGCGAGGGGAAAAGGGUGAUGAAGGCACUCCCGGAGAAUCUGGACUUCCUGGAAAGCCGGGAGAAAGAGGAUUGAGGGGACUGAGCGGUCAGCACGGGCGUCCAGGAGAGAAAGGCGACGUCGGAGACCCCGGAGAGCAUGGGCGGAAUGGCAGCCCCGGACCCGCAGGACUGAAGGGAGAUAAAGGAGCGCAGGGCCUUCAAGGACUUCCAGGAGCACCAGGAAAAGUGGCUGAGCUUCAAGGGCAGCUGAAAGGAGUCAAAGGAGAUAAGGGUGACGCUGGCAGCCCAGGAGAGCAAGGCGGGAAAGGUCAGAAAGGCGAGGCGGGAACUCCUGGAGCCUCAGGCCUGCGAGGUCCUGAGGGACAGAGGGGGCCUGCAGGCACAAGAGGUGACACAGGAGACAGGGGGACACCUGGAGAGAAGGGAGAAAGAGGAAUCCCUGGGUUGGAUGGACGUCCAGGUCUGGAUGGUAAACCAGGUGUUGCUGGACCACCUGGGCAGAGGGGUGAUCCUGGGAAACAAGGCGAUCCUGGAAGAGACGGUUUAUCAGGACUUAGAGGUGAACAGGGAAUUCAAGGACCUGUCGGGCCCCCAGGAACCCCGGGAACGCCUGGUAAAGCCGGUGAAGACGGCAAACCUGGAGCUCCUGGAAAAAUGGGUGAAGACGGAGUGCCAGGAGAAGAUGGAAGAAAGGGUGACAAAGGAGAUUCGGGAUCAGCUGGAAGAGAUGGUCACGAUGGGCAGAAAGGAGACCGAGGAGCUACUGGACCUGUGGGCCCUUCUGGACCUCAAGGGCAGCCUGGAGUACCUGGUAUCAUUGGGCCCCCUGGACAGGUUGUCUAUGUAAAAGGAGUUGAAGCUGCACCAAUACCUGGAGUACAGGGGCCUCCAGGAACUCCUGGCGUCCCUGGAAUCCCGGGAGCCGUAGGAGCCAGAGGUGAAAGAGGUUCUCCUGGACUUAAGGGAGACAUUGGAGACCCAGGAGAGGACGGAGCCCCGGGCAAACCCGGGACGCCGGUGGAUGUACAGAAAGCUCUGGCCAACCUUGGUAUCCAGGUUUCUGAUUUGAAGGUGGUUGUGGACAAAAAGGAUGUUUUUGCAGCUCCUGCACUUCAAAAACCAGAGAAAGGAGAAAAGGGAGACAGAGGGGAACAAGGACAGAGAGGCCCGUCUGGGCAAGAGGGGCCUCGUGGUUUUGCCGGAGAGAGAGGAACAAAAGGAGAUCAAGGGGAUCGGGGUCCAGUGGGACCAGCAGGUCCUCCUGGACGAGCGAUUGGAGAACGAGGCCUCGAGGGACCCCCCGGACCUGCAGGAGAGUCUGGAAAGCCAGGUAUACCUGGUGUACCUGGACGAGCUGGAGAACUGGGAGAGGCCGGAAGACCAGGUGACAAGGGCGAGCGGGGUGAGAGAGGUGAAAAAGGAGAGGCUGGGAAAACUGGCCUAUCAGGGCCCGCCGGUCCUCAGGGUCAAAAGGGAGAAUCUGCUGAUUCGGUGCUGGUUGGUACGCCUGGAGCCAGGGGUUCUCCAGGGAUAACAGGACAGAAGGGGGAGCCUGGAGCAUCUGGACCACCAGGACCCAAAGGAGACAGAGGUUUCAUGGGACAGAAAGGUGAUAAAGGAGACAGAGGAGACACUGGAGAAAAAGGACGGGAUGGAUCAGAUGGAUCACCAGGCGAACCGGGAAAACCUGGUCAAGAUGGGAAAUCGGGCUUGCCUGGAUUCCCUGGAGUUCUGGGCAGACCGGGAAACCCAGGAGAGCCUGGUAUACGAGGACCAACUGGACCGUUGGGUCCAACAGGACUUCCAGGUCCACCAGGUGUGAAGGGUAAUCAAGGAGAACCAGGCGUCGGAGUCCAGGGUUCUCCUGGUGCCCAGGGGAGCACGGGUCUUCCAGGACCUGCAGGUCCUCCAGGAGCUGUGGGUCCACAAGGCCCUCCGGGUCUGCCAGGACAGGUGGGUGAAGCAGGCAAACCUGGAGUUCCUGGAAGAGAUGGUGUUCCUGGAAAAGAAGGAAUUCCUGGCAAACCAGGAAAGCAGGGCAUCGCUGGACCUGCAGGCUCUAUUGGCCUGAAGGGGGAGCAGGGGGACAGCGGUCCACCAGGGAAGGCAGUUGCAGGACCUCCUGGACCAAAGGGAGCAAUCGGCCCCCCCGGUCACACUCUACCUGGCCUCACAGGAGAGAGGGGUCUGCCUGGAGAGAAGGGAAAUAGAGGAGACAAAGGUGUCGCUGGGGGCAAAGGGGAACGAGGACAAGAUGGUGAUUCUGGAGACCCUGGAGAAGAUGGGGCACAGGGAUCUCCGGGGCCAAAGGGAGAUAAGGGUGAAAAGGGCAUCGGACUGGCUGGUCCUCCCGGUCGAGACGGUCCUCCAGGUCUGAAGGGAGACCCAGGCCUUCCUGGUCCUGCCGGUCCUCCAGGACCACUGGGAAAAACUGGUGCUGCAGGGCAACCUGGUCUAAGAGGGGAGAAUGGACAACCUGGACCUCCAGGACCCCCGGGGGAGAGGGGUCUUCAAGGUUUCGUUGGCCGUGUUGGAAAUGUGGGACCGGCGGGUCCUCCUGGACCCACUGGAGAAGCUGGCGCUCCUGGUACCAAUGGGGGCAAAGGAGACAAGGGAGAGAUUGGUGUUGGUGUCCCUGGUACGAGAGGAGAGCGAGGAGAUCCAGGACCCAGAGGAGAGGAAGGUCGCCCCGGUUUGGAUGGAGAAAGAGGGUCAACAGGUCCUCAAGGGGGUCGUGGUAUUCGCGGAGAGAAGGGGGAUUCUGGACUUCAUGGUGAAAAAGGAGACAAGGGGGACACGGUGCUGGUGGGGGGGCCGGCUGGAGAAAAGGGCAACAAAGGCGAAACAGGCGACCGGGGGCCUAAAGGUGUUCAGGGUGAAAAGGGAACAAAAGGCCAAGAGGGUCCAAUAGGACAGCAGGGGCUGAGGGGAGAACCAGGGGAGAGGGGAUCGGGUGGAUUCCCUGGUGCUCGUGGCCCUGGUGGACAGAAGGGAGAAGCUGGCCAACCUGGAGUACCAGGAGAAGCUGGUUUACCAGGAAAAGAUGGACUAUCUGGGCUUAGGGGGGACAAGGGAGUGACUGGUCCUCUGGGAAUGAGGGGGGUCAAGGGUGACCGAGGACCCAAGGGGAACUGUGGAGGCGACGGACCCAAAGGAGACAAGGGAGACGGCGGUAUUCAUGGACGAGCCGGCCUGCCGGGGAGAAAAGGUGAACAGGGUGAUAUUGGACCUGCCGGUGCACCUGGUACUCCUGGAAAAGAAGGACUAGUGGGCCCCAAGGGAGACCGCGGGUUUGAUGGAUUGUCAGGAAACAAAGGAAUACAGGGAGACAAAGGGGAAAGGGGUCCUUCAGGUCUCCCUGGACCUCCAGGUCCCCGAGGAGUGGAUGGGAUUGCCGGUUUGAGUGGGCCUCCGGGCCCCCCUGGUGCUACUGGUCCUGAGGGUCUCCAGGGGCAAAAGGGAGAGAGGGGGCCGAACGGCCCCUCCAUUGUGGGCCCACGCGGUAUCCCAGGAAUCCCAGGAGAGAGGGGGGAGCCGGGAGAGCUGGGCGCAGAUGGAACCAAGGGAGAUAGAGGAGAGCCAGGCAUGACGGAGGGUGAGAUCAGAACAUACGUCCGCUCCGAGAUGAGUCAGCACUGUGCGUGUGGAGGUUCAGGACCAAACCUUCGGUCCGAGCCCGCCAUCAGAGCUCUACCUCCAACAGAGCAACAACCGGGUGACGAGGGCCGUGAGCUGCGUGUGGUUGUGAAUACUAACGACCCCGACUACGAGCACAUUUACUCCAUCGAGAACUACGAUGACCCGCUGGAUGAACUGCUGUACUUUGCAACUCCUGCCACCCUGAGUGAUGGUGAGACUGACCAAAAGGAAUCAGGAAAAACGGCUAAAGUUGAACCAAGCAAAUCAGCAAAUGCUGACACGAAGAAAACAGCGUUAGCUUCUGGGAGAGCAGUCAGAAAGUCCGUAUCAGUCAGGACCAAGAGGAGAGUGAAAGGGGAAGCUCCAGCCGACCUGUGCCAGCUGCCCAUGGAGGAGGGAAGCUGUGGACGAUACACUCUCCGCUGGUACUUCAACCCUCAGCGCAGAGCCUGCAGGCCUUUUGUCUACAGCGGCUGUGAAGGAAAUGACAAUCGUUUCCUCCACUUGGAAGACUGUGAGGAAGCCUGCCUUGAAGAGGCUGACGGUUCACCUUCCCUGACGACGCCGCGGUGAUCGCGGCCAUCGUGCGCCUCUCGCUCGGCCACAGGAUUGUUUAUAAAGCUUUUCUAUGUUACAUAGAUCUUUGUUAUUGUCAAGUGCUUACGAUUCAGAUUUGUGUUUAUUUAUUGUGUCUGUUAGCGCAGCCAACGUUUACCCUGGGUCAAGAGUCUCGUUGGUGAAUAACUGAUCAACCAGCUCAAAAAUUAUUCCUACUUUUAUUGGUUGAGUUUUCAUAACAACCGUUUUUAUAUCAGUGAAAUAACGUCGACAUUUACGCACACACUUUUGCCAAAGUCCUGAGGUUCAUAAGCCGGUGAUCGCGUCAUUACUCAUGUGAUUUUAUGUCAAGAAUAAUACUAAUCACAUAUACAUUAUAUGUUGAGCUACACCAUGUGAUUCACUUUUUACAGUCUGUGCUUUUUUUUUGUCUUAAUUUCUUAUGAUCAAGCAGCUCUGCCUUUGCGAUCUACUGGUAGACCGCGACCUCCUUAUUGGGCACCCCAGCUCUAGAGUAAA